GUUCAGAAGCCUAGCUUCGGUGUUUCAGGACAGGGCCCUGGCCAGGAGGCUGACCCGAGGCAGCAGAGGUCCUAACUGCCCAGCCCAGCCGGGAAAAUGCAAGCCAACCCCAUCCGCAUUCCAUCCGUUAGCAAUGACACCGACUGGGACUUCUGCUUCCACCUGUCACAGCAAACCAGGAACCCCGCACAGUGUACAGAUGAUUUGUUUGCUGCUUGUCAGUAUAGAGAGACUGAAGAAGACACUGCGGUCCAGAAAGAGGACAUGACUGCUGAUUGUAUGUCUUUUCCGAAACAUAAGCUGGCUCAGUCCCAGAAGAAAUAUGAUCAGCUCAUUAAGGAAAAAAUGAAUAUCAAGGCCAACAAGGAGCUGAUUCGGUGUUUCAUCCUUUCUCGGAUUAUUUUUGGGAAAGAACACUGGAAGUGUGCUCAAGCUUUAGCCAACCUGGCUUAUGGUUACCUGACUCUGAGAGGCCUCCCAUCUCAGGCCAAGAAACACGCUGAGUCGGCCAGGGGCACGCUGCUGACCUGGAAGAGAAACAUAACCCCAGACAAGGAGAAAAAGGAAAUCCUGGGAGCUCUGGUCAUGCUCUACUACACCCUGGGGAUAGCCUGGCUCCUGCAAAACCGAUAUCCUUUCUUUCCCAGGUGGAUCUGGGGCCAUCUCCGUACAGUGGCCGUUAGUGUGUUUGGCAUUUCCCUUGACUGCCCCACUGGCAAAUGGGCCUAUAUCCACCUGCAGAAAGCGGACAGAAACAUGAAGGAACUGAAAGAGUUAAGCAACGGAGGCAUUGGUGGAAGCCAAGUCUCGGAGAAAGACCUAACCAUUGCUUUGGGCAGAGCCUCCUUGGCCAUGCACAGGAUGAACCUCGCUCUGGCAUAUUUUGAAAAGGCCAUUGGCAAUGUGAUCAUUGCCAAGGGCCAUGGCACAUCAGAUCUGAUUAGUCUGUAUGAAGAAGUCGCUCAGAUUGAGCAGCUGAGGAAGAACCAUGAGCAAGCCAUCCAGUAUUUGCAGCAGGCCUAUUCUAUCUGUGUUUCUUCGUUUUCUGAAAUCAGCCCCCAAACUGCCGAGGCGAGUGCUUUACUGGCUAAAGCUUAUGCCAUGUCCGGAGAAUCCCAGCACAGAGAUGCCGUUGAGAUAUAUUAUAUAAGGAGUAUUAGUGCAUAUCAGAUACUGGGCUCUGACAACAAUGAGAGUCUCACCACCAUUGAAGACUUUUGUACAUGGCUCCUCCAAAAUGGCGAAAAUCAUGAGGCUUACAGACUGCUAAUGUGUACACUGAAUUCUGGCAUCUAUGGUGACUGUGGUGAAAAAGUAGCCGAGACCUUUUACAAUAUGGGCAGCAUCUGUUUUGCCAGAGGAGAGCUCAGAAAGGCGAUUCGGCUGCUAAGGAAGUGUCUGAUGGUUCAAAUUCUUGUCUAUGGAACUGAGCACGUCAAGAGCAAAGAAACUAAAAGCCUCCUUACCCUAUUGCAGAGUAAGGACUUUCGGUGGACUUGGUUAUACAAAUGCGCACGGCAACUCAACUGACAUGCUCCAGAACCAUUUCUGUAUGGAAAACCUGAGAAUUGAUUCGCUUAAGCUAGUGUGCCCAGAAAGAGGCGGCGCUGGGAUUUAAUACAGGUCCCUAAACUUUUUCAUGCGGCCUCUGGAGGCAGUCUAGCUUCUACUCUAAAAGCAGAUUCAAGACUCAAGGCUCCUACGCUCUGCUCUCCCGUCUUAGAGAAUUUACUUUAACGCCCUUGGCCCCACUUAGAACUUACUCAACUCCCUUAGCCUGUAGUUAGGCACCACUAUAAUAAUGGCAGUUCCCUCUCAUUUCUGCAUUAAUGAGACCAUACAUAAAGCUCAGGUCUGGCAAACCUUAAAUCUUAAAUGCUCACUGAUUGUCAACAUCAUAAUAAAAUAUCGAUAAUGACAGUAAUUCGUGUUCUGAAGUGGAGUCAUAAUGAGCCAGGAUGUUUAAAUGACUCAUACACAUUACCAUAUUAUUAUUUGAUGUUAUGAGUAGGGUAAGGAAUGUUCAUGACUGGAGUAAGACUUAUGAUUUUAACCUAUUUUUCACUGCUUAGGACGUUCCAUGAACCUGAGCAAAUCAUUUACUCCUCCUUGAGACUGGGAUUCUCCACCACUGACAUAUCAGUAAAUCAUGAGCUGUUAGGACUUCUUAAGUCAUAAGGAUUUAAGCAGAAUCCUGUCUAAACAAGCCCAACAGAGCAUUGCUAAGUCAGUGUGAGCUAGACUCUCCUCCCUCCCCUUCCUUACAGAACUCUUGUUGCUGCUUACUCUUGAGGUAACACGUCAAAAUAUUUGAAAUUGGAGGGAAUUGUUAGUCAGAAUCACAAUGUGAUUGAGGCUUUGACAGGCUGCCCUCUUUAAAGGACCUAUUGUGUGUUGAAAUAACUACUAAUGAAACGACAAGGAAAAUGCAAGCAGUAUGUAAUUUCAGAGAAGCAACACAGGCUCUUUCCUCAAAAUUGGAGUAAAACUUUUUCUACCCAGCUUAUAUUCAAGUAAGAGAAACCUCAGAGCUGGUGAGAUGCCUAAGUCCCUUAAAGGAACCUGCUGCCACCUCUGAAGAUGAUCCCUGGGACCCACACGGUAGGAGAAAAGGACAGACUCCUGCAAACUGUCCUGUGACCUCCAAAUGCAUGCUGAUGUGCUGUGGGAGCAUUCUGCUCCUUCAGCCCUGGAACGUGCACACACACACACACACACACACACACACACACACUAAAGCAAUAAAAAAAUAAAUAUGUAUAAAGAUACGGGACCCACAGAUGGUCAAGGUUCAAAGACUAAGCAACUGUUGAGUGCUCAGCCUGCAAGGACACAUCAUCUGCAUUCCCCCCCUCCUAGGGCUCAGGGAUCAUUGUGGAAGAGGGAGCGGAAGGACUGUAAGGGGCCGUGGUGCUUGGAUGACUACAGUGAAGAAAUGUCCUCUGCAUAAAACAGUUAUACGUGUGAACUCAUAGUGGUUAUGACAACAUGAGCCAGGUCCACACAAAUUUAAGGCACACGUGUAAAAUUGUGCAGGCAGCACUAAUAGGACUUGAGGACUUUAAGAAAAACGAGAGAACAAAGUUGGAUGGGUGAGAUCAGAGGUGGAUCCGGGAGAAGAUGGGGAGGAGAUAAGAUGGUGAAAACACAGUAUAUUUUCAGAGUUAGUAAAAUAUGUUUUAAAUUUUUUAAAGAGAAACUUCAAGAUAAAUGGAGUGAAUAUAUUUUCUCAGUAGCCUCAAGUUGACAGGAGCCGUAGCAGGAGGAGAAACUGAGGGGCACUUGUGGAAGCCAGUGCAGACCAGACAGUCUAAAGUGUCCUGAAGUGCUUGAACUUAGGUCAAUCAGGUUUCAGAUUCCUAUUCUUUCACUAUGUAGAGAAUCUGACUUUGAUGGGUUGGCAUCUGCAUAUUGAGAGAUCUAUGAAGCAGGUCAUACUCCAGAACCCGUUUGACACAGACACACUGAGAACUGAGUUUUUCCAGAUACUUCGCCCAGGAAGAGGCAGGGCUGCUGGGAUUUUAACGUAGGUCGCUAAUUGCUCUUUCUCUGCUGAAGACAGUGACAUCUAGACCUAGCCAGAGUCAAUAUAAGGGGGAAAGAAAUCUUUUGAUGUCCUCCGCUGUAGUAGAUGUUACGUCAAUAAAGGUUUUGCUUUCCCCGAAACAAGCCCGUAUCUCGUUUCCCAAGAACUGCUGAGCAAAGCCAUGGGGUAGUUGCCAAAGCCCAGAUGUCCAAAAGCAGCGCAAGAAUCGCUCUCUCGGCUUCAGCCUCUCACCAGAACAAUCAGUCCCAGAUGUCCUGAGACUCCGCUCGGGAUCCCAUGUGCUCUAACGUGCUUUACCCCACCUCCUUCAGGAACUCAGUGGAACACUCUCUGGACUGCCAUGGCCAGCAGCCUACAUUCUUGUUUUUUGGAGUCUCUGCAAAGAAGUUAGAGCAGAACAGGCCACUCAAAGCAAGAGUUUGUUCCAAGGCAGAGUAAUAGUUGCAAGGGCAUCCUGUAAGAUUUCAGUACAUAGAAAAGACAGAGAUUUUCAGAUUUGGAAACAAACUUGGGAGUUGUUUGGUUUAAAUUUGCCCGAGUUACAAAUGCACUUCAUUUUGUU